GGUCGCGCUCCGUGGACCCCUUAGCCACCUAGGCUCGGUCCCAGGUGGAGGAAGCCUGUGGCGCUUCGUUCUCUUUGCUCUGGUAGCUCUGGCGGAGUCUGCGCGAUGGGCGACCCGGAAAGGCCGGAAGCGGCCAGACCCGAGCCGGAUGAGAGGUUAUCUUCAGAUACCAAUGAAAGUGCGGUGAAGUCAAAUGAAGAACCACUUCUAAGAAAGAGUUCCCGCCGGUUUGUCAUUUUUCCAAUCCAGUACCCUGAUAUUUGGAAAAUGUAUAAACAAGCUCAGGCAUCCUUCUGGACAGCAGAAGAGGUUGACCUAUCAAAGGAUCUUCCUCACUGGAACAAACUUAAAUCCGAUGAGAAGUAUUUCAUCUCUCACAUCUUAGCCUUUUUUGCAGCUAGUGAUGGAAUUGUAAAUGAAAAUUUGGUGGAGCGCUUUAGUCAGGAGGUACAGGUUCCGGAGGCUCGCUGUUUCUAUGGCUUUCAAAUUCUAAUCGAGAAUGUUCACUCUGAGAUGUACAGUUUGCUAAUAGACACUUAUAUCAGAGAUCCCAAGAAAAGGGAAUUUUUAUUUAAUGCAAUUGAAACAAUGCCAUUUGUUAAGAAAAAAGCAGAUUGGGCCCUGCGGUGGAUAGCAGAUAGAAAAUCGACUUUUGGGGAAAGAGUGGUGGCCUUUGCUGCAGUAGAAGGAGUUUUCUUCUCUGGAUCUUUUGCUGCUAUAUUCUGGCUAAAGAAGAGAGGCCUCAUGCCUGGACUCACUUUUUCCAAUGAACUCAUCAGCAGAGAUGAAGGACUUCACUGUGACUUUGCUUGCCUGAUGUUUCAAUACUUAGUAAACAAGCCUUCAGAAGAAAGGGUCAGAGAAAUCAUUGUUGAUGCUGUCAGAAUUGAGCAGGAGUUUUUGACAGAAGCUUUGCCAGUUGGCCUCAUUGGAAUGAACUGUGUUUUGAUGAAACAGUAUAUUGAGUUCGUAGCUGACAGAUUACUUGUAGAACUUGGAUUCUCAAAGGUUUUUCAUGCAGAAAAUCCCUUUGAUUUUAUGGAAAACAUUUCUUUAGAAGGGAAAACAAACUUCUUUGAGAAACGAGUUUCAGAGUACCAGCGUUUUGCAGUUAUGGCAGAAACCACAGAUAAUGUGUUCACUUUGGAUGCAGAUUUUUAAAACCCCUCCCCUAUUUAAAAACACUAUAAACCUUAUUCUGGUAAACAGCA